GAGGACUCUGGCUGUGGGGCUCCCAGCCGGAAGGCCGCCGGCUGUGGGGACGUGUCUCUGCGCUGCCGGGCCGAGCGUGUGGCUGUCGCGAGCCGCUGCCAUGGCCUCGGCCAGUCUGGUGGAGAAGCUGCAGCUCCGCGUGCGGGAGCUGGAGGAGGCGCUGGCCAGGGAGCGGGGCGGCGGGCAGGGCCAGCGGGCUCGCAUCGAGAGGAUGAGCCCGGAGGUGACCGACUCCAACCCCUACAGUCGCCUUAUGGCAUUAAAACGAAUGGGAAUUGUGAAAGAUUAUGAGAAAAUCCGUACCUUUACGGUAGCAGUAGUAGGUGUUGGUGGAGUUGGCAGUGUGACUGCUGAAAUGUUGACAAGAUGUGGUAUUGGUAAGCUGCUACUGUUUGAUUAUGACAAGGUGGAGUUGGCGAACAUGAACAGGCUCUUCUUCCAACCUCAUCAAGCUGGACUAAGUAAAGUGCAGGCAGCGGAGCACACUUUGAGGAAUAUUAAUCCUGAUGUUCAGUUUGAAGUACAUAACUACAAUAUCACAACAGUGGAUAACUUCCAACAUUUCAUGGACAGAAUAAGUAUUUACUUUAGUUAUGGUGGGUUAGAAGAAGGGAAACCUGUUGAUCUUGUGCUGAGCUGUGUGGACAACUUUGAAGCUCGUAUGGCAAUUAACACUGCCUGCAAUGAGCUUGGACAAACAUGGAUGGAAUCUGGAGUGAGUGAAAAUGCAGUCUCAGGACAUAUACAACUUAUCAUACCUGGUGAAUCUGCUUGUUUUGCGUGUGCUCCCCCGCUUGUAGUUGCUGCCAAUAUUGAUGAAAAAACAUUAAAACGAGAGGGAGUUUGUGCAGCCAGCCUUCCUACCACUAUGGGAGUAGUUGCGGGGAUUCUUGUACAAAAUGUCCUGAAGUUUCUAUUAAAUUUUGGUACUGUGAGUUACUAUCUUGGUUACAAUGCGAUGCAGGAUUUUUUUCCAACUAUGGCAAUGAAACCAAAUCCACACUGCGAUGACAAAAAUUGCAGGAAACAGCAGGAAGAAUACAAGGAAAAAACGGCUGCACAACCAAAACAAGUAGUAGUUGAACAGGAAGAAGAAAUAGUGCAUGAAGACAAUGACUGGGGUAUUGAGCUAGUAUCAGAGGUUUCAGAAGAGGAGCUGCAGGCUGCUUCUGGUCCACUUCCUGAUCUUCCAAAGGGAAUUACAGUAGCAUAUACUAUACCAAACAAGGAAGAGAACGUUGUAGCUGUGGAAACAGUGGCAGAGUCUGAGGAAAGCCUAGAAGAACUCAUGGCCAAGAUGAAGAACAUGUAGGCAAAUGGAAUAUUGAAUUAAACAUUUGAGAUCUUGCACUAGAGCUGGAUCCAGAAAUAAGGUCCUGUAAGAAAUUCCAGUCUUAAAACUUGAACUUUUGGUAAAACAGAACCAUAAAAACUUGCAGAUGGCAUCUCAUAA